AUGCCGUCCCUCACUGACAGUGGGGAGAGUGCUUUAGACUCCAGCAACGAUGAUACAAGUAUAAAGGCCCGCGGGACAUCCAUAUCAGAAGCUCUUACUAACAGCCCAAAGACUAACAAAGCAAGCAUCAUCUCCCGCAUGGCAAGGAUGGGACAAGCGACUCUACCCCUGAAGGGGGCCAUUGUGUAUAACCCCAGUGACUCUGAAGAGACAGAGGAGGAGCUGAGUGGCCCUGGAGAUACUGCUCCAUCUGUGGUCAGCAAGGCACCCAUCAAGAUGCGCCAGUCAAAGUCACAGCCUGCAUCAUCUGCUCAGAAUGUAAUGAUGUCAGGUGGGAUGUUGCCUCAGCAAUUGGCCGUGUACCAGCCCACUCCUGUCUCUCUGCAGCCACACCAGUUCAUGAGAGCAGAUGGUUCAGUGACAUAUAUACAGUCACAGGGUCAGCUCUACCCGCUGGUGGCCCAGCAAGCAGUUGGUUCCCAACAGGUGUUCCCCAUGCCCCCUACUGCUGUAAACACACCACCAGCCAUUUCCUCGCCUGACUCCCACCUGUCAGUGUUCGUAGCUGAAACACGAACCCACAACUCUGAGGUCCGCAUGGGAAUGUCCAAGGUGGCAGACAAGGUGGAUCAGGUGUUGAUGAAGCUGGAGGGCAUGCGGCACUCGUUGCCAACUAUGAGUGGCCUUAUGGAGCCAUCAACUCUGUUGCUAAGCAUUCAGAAGCUUGUCAGUGAGAAUGAGCAGCUACGGGCAGAGCUGAAGGUGAAACUUAGUGCCAACCUGAGUGAAGCUGUUUCUCGUGCUAGCUCAUUAGAACUCCAGGUUGCUAGUGCAGGUGAAGCAGGACAGGGGCUGAGUGAGGAGGUAUCAGCCAUGUCGUCACAGCUGAAGCAGCAGCAGUUGGAGCUUGAGAAUAGCAAGCAGAUUGUGCAAGAACAGGAACAGCUGAUGCAGUCUUACAGCAAGUCAGUUGCAGACCUGCAGGCUAUCAAAGACGAACUUGAGAAGAAGUUGCUAGAGUCCAGGCAACAGUUACAGGAAGAGGUACAUGGCCAUGAGCUUCAGAUGAACGAGCUUACCAAGUCUUACCAGGCAGAGAUCACAGAACUCAGGAAGGAUCUGGAAUCUCAACAGCAGACUUGGAGCAAUGAGGUGCACACCCUGGAGCAGGAGAACACAGCACUGAGGGACAGAGUGAGAGGAUUGCAGCCUCAUGGUUCGUCUGGUCCAGCUGUCCCCAAUGUGAUGGCGGAAGUGAAGAAAGUGAUGAACCUGGUGUACCACACAUUGCAACCUCAGUUUGUGCCAGAGGCAUCGUAUGAUGGCUUAAAAAUCAGACAGACACUUAUGGCUACUUUGCGGGAUGUAACACUGAAAUAUAUUGAGAUAAAGUCAUCAACAUCAGAGCAUCCUACUGAUACUGCACACGGUAGACACGCCCCAGCAGUUACCCCACAAGUCGUUGAUGCCCGCGUUGAGCCCGCGGCGGUCACCGUUGCCUCCGAAACAGGAAACGGAGUGAGUACGGUAGAAAGCAGCAGUGCAGACAGACUUUCAGCACGAGAGGAAUCUAACAGUGUGAGCAAGCCCAUACAAAAUCCAGAAUUGGGGAUAGCAGCAUCUUGCUUGGCUGAAACCAUAAGUGACGGACAGGAGAAAAAAGGAAAUGAUACUGAAGAACUGAAGAGAGGGAGUUUGGUGGAAAAACAGGCUGACUCAGAUGCUCAGAAACAAGAUUGUGCUGGAGAGGCAACCACUCCAGCUGAAGCAGCAGCAGCAGCAGCAAUGAUAGGUGGUGGUGACAUCACUGGUCCAGCAGAAGAUGGUAAAGAGAAGGACAGACACUCACAAGAAUCUUCUUUGGAAAGUAGUUGGAGACCACAGCCACCCCCACCACCACUGUUUGAUGACGAUGACGACGAUGAUGACUGGCUUAGCUAAAGGUGAUGGAUAUCAAAGUAGCAGAAAAACUGGACUACAUUAAUUUGAUUGUGGUGUUUUCACUUUGUGAGGAAACUUGAACUUGUCCUGUCUUAUUUCUUUUUUGUUUCCUAUGUGUGUUCUGUGGAUCGGUGGUAACAGUUACGUAGUUUUCUUCCUGAAAGAUGGUGUUUGUUUAUAUCAUUGAAGGAUAAUUUCGUGUAAUAUACACAUGUCAUACAGCCAAGCUCGUGGGCCUAAUUGAGGGAAGUUAAACUUCUUUUGAUAAAUUAAUUCACCAAUUUUUGUCCUAAGGCUUGGAAAAUUAAACGAUUGAAAUCAAUAUUAUGAAAAUAAAUGUUACAAAAUAUCUCGAUAGAAGAAUGCCAGAAAGAGUGGAGUUAAGAAUUGACAAAUUGCGUACUUGAACGACACAAACAUAGAAUGUCGUAAUGUUGGAAACGUAAAAAUAGAUUGUUAAGCAAUUGGCAGAAUUAAUUCUUGACACAGUUUUACAAUUCAGGCGUUUUUAACUUAAUUACUUCAAGGGAACUCUAAAUAAGCAGACGUUCUUUAAUCAUCGUUUAGCUUUCGGUUAUAUCCGAGAGUCGUUAAACGAUACAGCUAUAUAUCUGUUAUAGACGUCCACAUGUGAAUCUAAGGUAAGGAAAAAUGUUGCCUGUAUUCACCAAUAAGCAAAAUUUCAGAAUUAAGAAGUGCUAACUACAAUUUGGUAAAAAUAUAAUUAAUUGAAUUAAACUGAAGAUUCAUAGGAAAUGUCAAAGUUCCUUCAUCGUUGUUCAGGGCUACAGUUUGUUCCACACGUCGUCAUUGACGUGCAUCUACGCGUUUCAUACGAGAAAAUAAAGUAAAGUUACUUUAAUGUCA